GACUGGAAAGCAGCAAAUCCCAGCAAUCUUCCUAUCUUGUCCUGAGGUGCAAGCAUGCCUUCCUGCUGACCUGGCAUGUGGUGCCAGGCUCUGAACGCCAGUCCUUGCUUUUCCAGUGCUGCCCUCCUCACCCCCACGUUUUGAGAUGGAGCAGGAACAGGAUUCCAGGCCAGCAUCCGCAUCCCAGAACCCCAGGAGCUCACACCAGCGUGAGACCUCCCUCCACUCCCAUGCCUGGUCCUUGGAGAUGCUGUUACGCAGACUGAACGCCAUAGACGCCAAGAGGGACGACAAGUUGGCCAGCAUUCUGGAUGCCAUAGGGGAGUUUGGCACAUUCCAAUGGAGGCUGGUGGCCCUCACCUUCAUCCCCAGCAUGCUGUCAACCUAUUUUAUGCUCUCUGACUUCUUCAUGGUGACAGCCCAGCGGCCCUAUUGUAACACCAGCUGGAUCCUGGCCGUGGGCCCCAACCUCUCCGAAGCUGAGCAGCUGAACCUGACCCUGCCCCGAGCAUCGAAUGGCAGUUUCCUGACAUGCCUCAUGUACAUACCUGUGCCGUGGGAUCUAGAUUCUAUCAUUAAUUUUGGCCUCAAUUAUACAGAGACAUGUAAAUACGGGUGGAUCUACCCUUAUGCUGAGAAGCGCUCUCUGAUCAAUGAGUUUGACCUGGUGUGUGGCAACGAGCCAAACAUGGAAAACAUGCAGACCAUCUUCCUGGCAGGCAUCUUGACGGGGUCUCUCCUCUUCGGGAUCUUAAGUGACAAGUUGGGCCGCUAUCCAACCAUCCUGAUUUCGCUGCUGGGGCUCCUCGUCUUUGGCUUUGGAACAGCCUUUGUGAACAGCUUUUACCAGUAUCUGUUCUUCCGCUUUGCUGUGGCGCAGGUGUCUGUGGGCUUUACCAUAUGCAGUGUAUCUUUAGUCAUGGAGUGGCUGGUGGGUGAGCACCGAGCCCAAGCCGUCCUACUUCAGCAUUGCUUCUUUGCCGUGGGCAUCCUGCUCCUGUCGGGAUUAACUUACAAGAUUUCCCACUGGAGGCUGCUGUUCCUCGUGGGCAGCGUGCCUAUGUUCCCCCUCUUGUGCACUGUAUGGGUUCUCCGAGAAUCCCCGCGGUGGCUGAUGGUGAAAGGGAAGGUGGAGGAGGCCCGGAAGGUGCUGUGCUAUGCAGCGGCUGUGAACAAGAAAACCAUCCCUUUAAAUCUCCUGAACGAGCUGAAAGUGAGGGGAAAAAAGGUGACUAAGGGCUCCAUCCUGGACUUCUACACCAAGCAGCAUCUCUUCAAGGUGGUCCUGGCCAUGUCCUGUGCGUGGUUUACUAUCAGUUACAUCUAUUUUACACUGAGCCUCAAGAUAAAAGACUCUGGGGCAGACAUCUACUUCAGACAAGUGGUCCCCAGCAUAUUGGAGGUGCCAGCCCGGCUGUGUUGCAUAUUUCUCCUGGAGAAUUUUGGGAGGAAGUGGAGCCUAUACCUGGGUCUCAUCCUAAUUACCAUCGUGUGUUUGUUUCUCCUUUUCCUCCAUCAAGAGCUGAAGUCGACAAUAAUCUUGAUGCUCAUGCUUGGAGAGUUUAGCCUGGCUGCCACUGUCACUAUAUUCUUCAUCUACACUGCUGAGCUCCUCCCCACUGUCCUCAGGUCGACAGGUCUGGGGAUGGUGUCUCUAGCCUGGGCAGCUGGGGCCAUCUCCUCUCUGACCAUGUUCAGUCAGAUCAAGUCACAGCUACCAAUCAUCAUCUGCUGCCUUUCCUGCAUCUUGACCCUGUGUUUCUCCUCCCUGAUGCCAGAAUCAGGAAGCCAUACUCUUCGUGAUAGCAUAGACUAUUCAAGAGAGUCUUCUGACUUCAAGGAUAGAAGCAUAGACAUUUCCACAGUUGUGUUGCCUGAGGAGUCAAUGUCUGAUGUUGACAGCACUGACGAAGUGACAAAGAACACCAUGCUCAAUGCCAUGCCUCUAAAACCAGAAGCAGGAAGUUUCUUCAGCAUGGACUUGGAGAAACCCAAGAACAAAGAAUUGGUCAGUCCAGCUCCCUAAAGACCAGGUUCCCUGGAGCAUUUGGAUUGGAGUCUAGUGGCUGGGUGUGGGACCAUGGAUUUAAGGCCCAGUCUGGCAUCUGGGAAGAGUCUGUCCUCCUCUAAGGCUAGCCCUCAGGAUCCAAAACUAGUCCCUCCUGAAGGAGGAUCUAACUUGUGAUUCAUUCUAAUAAAACAGUCAUGUUGGUCUUGAUAUGGUUAGGUCAAGGUUGGCUGUGUCACGACAAUCCAGAGGCUGUGGCUAGACAGGUGUGGGGUGGUGGUCAGACAGGCAACCAAGGCUUUUCAGGAUCUUUGGUUAAAUCCUUGGGGACAGAAAACAGCUCUCUGGAUGGAGUGGGUGUGGGAUGGGAAAUAUCUCUGUGGUCCCGUGAUGGACCCUUCUAGCCCAGCCAUCAGCUCAAGCCCGGACCAAGGACAGAAUUUAUCAAGGUUUAGAUGGAAUGUGGAAGAUUAGUGAGAAUUUCUCUCAUUGUCUGGGGGCAGUCUUACUCUUCCUCUUGAGAGUCCACAUAAGCAUGGCUUUAAAUGUUACCCAUCCCAGGCUUUAUCCUGAGAGAUGCUCUCCUGAUAGCUCCAAUAAAGUUGACU